AUGCUGUUCCAGACCCUCGCCUGUGGCGCCCUUCUCGGCAGCGUCGCCCUGGAGGUGGCUGCCAGUCCAGUCGGCCAGCCGCAUGCAUCCGUCGGGCUGUCCUCGGCCCAGAGCCAGCGCCGCAGCAUCCCGGCCACACACGCUGUCCACGAACGCCAACUGCCGCACUGGUCCAAGAUGUGGCGCCGCACGGAUGCGGUUCCGCGCAACGCCAUGCUGCCCAUGCGUAUCGGCCUCAAACAACGCAACAUGCAGGAGGGACAUGAUCUGUUCAUGUCCAUCACAGACCCCAAGUCGGCCAACUACGGCCAGCACCUGACGGCCGACGAAGUUGUGGAGCUCUUUGCGCCCGAGCGGACCACCAUCGACGCUGUGGUCGGCUGGCUGACCGGUUCCGGUAUCGAAAUCGGCCGUAUCACGCUGUCGGCCAACAAGCAGUGGCUCCAGUUCGACGCGCCGGCCGCCGAGGUCGAGGAUCUGCUGCUGACUAAGUACUACGUCUUCGAGCACAGCGGAUCGGCCACGCGUGACGUCGCGGCCGAACACUACCACCUGCCACACGAGAUCCGGGACCAUGUCGACUACAUCACGCCGGGCAUCCGCCUGCGGUGGGACAGCAAGAAGGCCGCGCGCGAGCAGCAGAAGAAGCGCGACCUGCAGAGCAUCGGGCGUCGUGGCACCUCCGGCAACUACCUGACCCCCGAGCCCAUCCACAGCGCCGAUGCCGUUGCCGAUGCCAUCUACCCGGCUGCCUCUGGCAACGUGAGCUGCGCGCUCUACGUGACGCCGGACUGUGUAAAAGCCCAGUAUCAAAUUCCCAACGCCACCAAGGCGGCUACGGGCAACGAGCUCGGCAUCUUCGAGAGUCUGAACGAGCACUACAACAAGGCCGAUCUGGACGGGUACUUUGCGUCUGCCUAUCCCUCUAUUCCCAAGGGCACAUACCCCAUCGAACGGCUUAUUGAUGGAGCCGUGGGGGCUGUCCCCUUUGGACAGGCCGGCGCCGAAGCCAACCUCGACUUGCAGGCAGCAAUGCCUCUCAUCUACCCGCAGAGCACCGUUUUAUACCAGGUGGACGACGAGCGCAUCCAGAAGAACGAGACGACGGCCAAGACGCCAUAUCUGGGCUUUUUGAACACCUUCUUCGACGCCCUUGACGGCUCCUACUGCACAUACAGCGCCUUUGGCGAGACAGGCAACUGUGUCACGCCUGAAUGCCUGGACCCAUCGUACCCCGACGCUGGACCGGGUGGUUACAACGGCACUCUGCAGUGCGGCGUGUUUGAGCCGACCAACGUGAUCAGCAUCAGCUAUGGCGGCGGCGAGAUCGAUCUGCCGGCAUACUACUGGCGGCGCCAAUGCUCCGAGAUCAUGAAGCUGGGCCUGCAGGGCGUCAGCGUGGUCAUCUCAUCGGGCGACUACGGCGUGGCCUCGUAUGUGGGCGACACCAACACCGUCGAGGGCUGUCUCGGUACCGGUGGCCGCGCCGGCACCAUCUUCAACCCAUCCAGCGAGGCCACUUGUCCCUAUGCGCUGGCCGUCGGCGCCACGUCGCUGAACCCGUCUACGGGCAACUACACCAGCCGACUGACCGAGCACGCCGCCCAGCGCUUUGCCUCUGGUGGUGGCUUCAGCAACUACUUUGACCAACCGGCGUACCAGAGCUCCGCUGUCGAGAACUACUUCAACACCGUGCAGCUCAACUUCACAGGCUACGACGACGCGCCCACCAGUCUUGCCGAUAUGGCCAACGUCGGCACCGGUGUUUUCCGCCGUGCUGGCCGUGGCUACCCGGAUGUGUCGGCCAUCGGCGAGCACUACAUCACCCGUUUCAACGGUGCAUGGUAUGCUAUUGGCGGCACGUCGCUGGCGGCGCCACUGUGGGCCAGCAUGCUAAACUUGGUCAACGAGGAGCGCAUUGCCGCCGGCAAGAAGACUCUCGGUUUUAUCAACCCUGUGCUGUACCAACACCCCGAAGUGUUCAACGACAUCACCGUCGGUAGCAACCCCGGCUGUGGCACUGAGGGUUUCCCGGCUGCAAAGGGCUGGGACCCAGUGACUGGUCUUGGCUCGCCCAACUACCCAAAGCUGCUGAAGCUUCUGCUCAGUCUUCCAUAG